CAUGUAGCAGAUACAGAACAGGUCCUGGUGGGGCAGUCACUGCUGUUGUGUUGUGUGUGGAGAUCUCUCAGAGCAGCAGCCCCUGAUCAUGUGACUCCUCCAUGUGACUGAUCACAUGACGGUGACACCAUCGCAGGUCCUGUAAGCACACGGCUCCUCUACAGAUACAGGUUUCUCCAAUCCAGGAUCCUCUGCUGAUAUCUUCUAUAUAAGAGAAUUCUCCUGGAUGACCCAUCAACCAUGGAGAGAGACAGGAACAAGAUGGCCAACAGGAUCAUAAACCUCACCCUACAGAUACUCUUCCGGCUUACUGGAGAGGAUUACACAGUAGUGAAGAAGUCCUCUAGUGGGCGCUGUCGGGCCCCUGUGUGUGAAGGAUGGGGAAGAACCCUGAGCCCAAUCCCGGGGCCCCCACCUCACUCCCUGAUACAUGAGGAAAUGGAUGAACAGAAGAUCCUAGAACUCAUCAACAAGAUGAUGGAGCUGCUGACUGGAGAGGUUCCUAUAAGGUGUCGGGACGUGGCGGUCUAUUUCUCCAUGGAGGAGUGGGAGUAUGUAGAAGGACACAAGGAUCAGUACAAGGAUCAGGUCAUGAUGGAGGAUCAGCAGCCCCUCACAUCACCAGUCAGAUCCAGUAAGAGAACAGCACCAGAGAGGUGUCCCCGUCCUCUUCUUCCACAGGAUGAUCAGGUAGAUGGAGAUAUUCCCUAUGAUCUGUAGAAGGGCUGUGAAGCUCUUGUGGUCAGUCCCCUCACCCUCCAUGACUCCUCAUCUCCUGCUCAUCUAUAACAUCCCACGUGACUUCUCCUACUGUCUGAUGACUUUUACUAUAUUUCUUCCAUAUUUUAUGAGUCAGGGAGAAGAUCUGAACAAUAUUAAUGCUUCAGAGACAGAUGUGAGCGGUGAUGAGCAG